CAGUCAUGACGGUGUGAUUCAGCGUUAAUUUAAAGUCUGCCCACAAAAUGUAGUUCUCAAACGUAACAUCGAACGACGGAAUAGUUUUGCGGAAGAAAAGCCCUUGCAACAGAAAGGAAAGCUGCAGCUUUCAUAAAAUUUUAUGGCAAAUAUCAACUUUAUAUCACACAUACAGUGAACUGUAACUUCACAAGAAAGAUGUCGUGACGGUAUUUUCCAGUCUUUCUCCAGGUUGUUUUUGCUUGUUUUUUUGGUCAUUCAUUUCACACUAUGAACGCUAUCAUCGCCUUGUGUCACUUCUGCGAAUUUCAUGGACCAAGCGUCUUGUUUUGUACUCAGGCAUUUCAUUGCGAGGCUCAUGACCCCUUAAAGGAAACCAAUACCUCUGUUCUUGAGUGUGGAGCUUGCACCAAACGGAAUUUUACAAGGUUUGGGUCAGAUACUCCAGGAUCAAGUACACAAGGAUCGCGUGAUGUCUGGGCAUCAUCCAGAUCAAGCCAGUGUGAGGCUUGCAAGUCUUUAGAUCACACCCAUGCAGGAUAUAUCAGUAUAGAUCAUGAAGCACAUAUCAGUUACUAUAGCAACAGAUCACCCGAGCAGCCAGAGUUGUACAGUGUAGUAAGACAGGCUUGUGUUAGGAGUUUGAGCUGCGAGGUGUGUCCAGGUCGUGAGGGUCCAAUGUUUUUCGGAGAGGAGACAUCAGGCUAUGUUUUCACUCACACCUUUUUUCUGAAGGAUUCUCAAUCAAGAGGAUUCCAAAGAUGGUAUAGCAUAAUUGCAGUUAUGAAGGAUCGCAUUUAUUUGGUGAAUUCAUGGCCAUUCCUUGUGAGCAAUUUCAGAGAAUUGAUAGAUGAAUUACAGGCCAAGGCAAAUGCAGUUUAUGAAACAGAACAUGCAGCAAGUAUUCAGAAAGGGCAACAUAUUCAGCCUAGUGCAAAUGGAUUCCUUCAGCCUCCUGAUAUUUUCAGAAGGCAGCGAGGAGGAAAUAAAACUUACAGAGGGAUUGCAGACAUAUUAGGAGAUAAGGACUUGUUUGCUACUCUUCACCAACGGUUUUCAUGGAUGUUGAAAGCUUGUGGAAACAGAAUAACUGAGAAGCUUCUAGAAGGACCACCAAGAGAAGAACUACUGACAGAUCUUGAAGCUCAGUUUGAGGAUGAUGAUCUCCAAGAAACCUCUGAUACAGAAAAGGAAACUGAAAGUCAAGAAGGUGGAAUGAUUGGGCCAAUUUUUACAUCUCUUCGACAUAUUUUAAAGGUGUUGGGAGGUCACAAGUUUCAUUUGUUAGCCUUUCAUGUGAUUCAAGGCAACCAAGUCAUUGUUCGCGGUGAGAAACGAAAGACUGUUGAAUCAGUCCUAAAUUGCUUGAAGGUAUUGAUACCCAGUGGUUGCUGUUCAUGUAUUCCUUACAGUAAGAAAUACAAGGAUUCAUGGCGGUGUAAUUUCCUGGGUCUUGCUCCAGGGGUAGAGAUUCCUUCACAUGUGUUGUCGUCAGAUCUCUUUGUUUUGCUUGAUAUCAUAUCACCUCGAGAGCAGGUUCAGGUCCCUGAAGCUUCUGGCUCUGAGCAGCAAAGAGAUGAAGAACAAGAAUUUCUUGGGUAUGGCUUUGUUGUCUGUGGUAAAGAGAAUGCUACAGAUCCCACCAUUCUCCAGAAAGUAGAAGACGCCCUGGCGAAUGAUUCUCUCUCGGAUGCAGUGUUUGAUCAGCUGUUGAUUUGCCUUAAGGAAGAGUGGAUGGACAAAGUAAAGGUGAUUUUCAAGUUUGCAAGGUCCGGCCCGAGCACCAGUGAGGAUAAAGAGAAACUUCUGAAAAUUCUUGGCGCAAAGCCCGAAGACGAGAUUGUUCUUAAGUUUUGGAUGACAGGACUUAACAAACAGUACCGGUCCCAUCUGCUGACCUGUAGCAGUACUGGCUCAUCGUCCUAAUCCUCGUCUACCAAUCCAGCUUGUUACGACUUUUCUCAGUUUUGUGUCGCGAUUUCCACGGCACUGCGAUGCUCGUGCCGAGUUUGGUUUCAUACUUCCUAGCUCAUUAGCGAAGGAAGUCAUGCUAAGUACAGAGAGGAAACCCUGAGGAAUAAUUAGGCUUUCUAAUCAUGCUCAAUCUACCAGCAAUUCCGGACUUACAAGCGCAGAUUUCGAAAACUCAUUGAAGCGCGCCAAGUGACUCGAAGUUACAGUGUGAGAUCAGCUAUCAGCCUGUAAAGGCACCUUGCAGUCGCAAGCCGUCCAUCAAUGAGCUCAACCCCCAAUUCUCAAACCAUGGAGUACAUGCACUUAGCUCAUGUCUGGAGUGCUGAGAUUUAUUUAUUGAUGUGACAAGCGCUUCGCCACUAAAUUGUGGUUGAAGACGCGCUACGGGGUGAGAGAUGAAAGGAAGUUGAGAAAAUGUAAGCACUUUUCUUCAAACAAACACCUUUAAUGUUUUUGCUUAAGAUUUAAGCGAGGAGUUCGGUACUGUUUCGCCAUGUUGUCUCUUCAGAAAUCUCAAGAUAUGAGGAGUAAUCUACUUCCAAACUGCAUUGCAUUUGCUUGACAACUUGAAUAGUAACUUGAAAGAUCUAUGGAGAUUACAUCCGCAAGUCGACAUUUUUUUUUUUUGUCUUUUCUCAUCGCUGGGUUACUACAUGGUAUUGAUAUUGGGAAGUUGUAUGUAAUCAGCAGUUAAACUGAGUGAAAGCUGUAAGUCACCGCAUACCCUGAAAUAAAGGAGCGUCUUCUGACAA